GCGUUUAUUUUCCUCCUGUGGCGACGUAUUGUUGUGACCCGCGCCAAAAUCACCCUUUUCAUCCAUCUGCGGCCCCCAUUCAUCCCCGCACGAGUGCACCAAGUGGCCAGGACAUGUCCGUGAACACGCCCAAGAGGUUGAAGCGCGCCAGCGAGUGCACGGAAGCGCCGUCAGGCGAGGGCAUUCACUGGCCAGACGCUGCCACGAGCCCCAGCAGCUCCUGCGGCUCCCCCGAGGCCGCGUCCCAGCUCAGCACCCCCGUGAGUUCCCACCGCGCCCCCCAAGCGCCCGGCACCGGCGAGCGCAGCGAGAAUCGCCGCGGACGCCCAAGAUCCGAGUCCCUGACGACGCUGAUGCUGGAGGGCAACCGCAGCCCCUCGUCCAUCAAGUGCCGCUACUGCAACAGAGUCUUCCCGCGAGAGAAGUCCCUCUCCGCCCACCUUCGGACGCACACAGGUGAACGACCCUACAUUUGUGACUAUCCGGGCUGCAAUCGCGGCUUCACGCAGAGCGGCCAGCUGAAGACCCACCAGCGCCUCCACACCGGCGAGCGCCCCUUCAUCUGCUCCGUGCAGAACUGCGGCAUGCGCUUCACGCACGCUAACCGGCACUGUCCGGUGCACGUGUUCAGCCAGCUCCGUCGGGACGACAAUUACGUGAUGAUGGCGAAUCCUGAGCAGAACGCCGAUGUGCAGAAGUGGCUGGAGAAAUACAAGAGUGAGCGCGAAGAGCGCACGCCGACGCGCAAGACGCCACAGAGGAAGACAGCCAAGGAGGACAACAACGAGAACGUGGCCACGACGGAGCCUGAGUAUCCAGUGACGCCAAACGCAUACAAGAGCCGUAAGGGGCUGAUGGUGGAGCUGGACAUGAAUGCCGGACUGGGCUUCAGUCCGGUGGCGCCAAAGACGCGACCACAGCCAAAGGUGAUCAACUGGCAAGAGCCAGUGAGUGAGGAGAGCGCCGAUGAGCUGGAGGUGUCGCCAUUCUAUCCCAAGAAGAAGUGGCUGCGCGACGCGUGCCUGGACGAUCUCGCGAAGCCGUUGGCAGACGCCCCGAGUCAGACUGAAUCACCACCACCCACCGCCAUGCCGAAUCCCAACCAAAUGCGCCCCACGGUCCUCAUGAUUGCCGGCAAGAGCGGCGUGGAGCCGCGCCCGGACGAGAACAGGAAGUGGUUGGGCGCCCUCGCCCUCAUGCAACUUGCCACCGACGAGCAGAGCGCGACUGAUGACCUCGCAUCGCCCGCCGUUCCAUCCUACACUGACUUGUAAGCCGAGCAGCGACUUCGAAGCAGUCGCCUGUGAUCAUCCGGACAACCGCCUGCUCCUCCACAAAGAAAUUGUGAUGACUCGUACAUUGUAAGACAACCUUUUGCGCACUUCUCUCACGCGAAAUCACCUCCAGCAGCAGAGCACCCAAUCGAAUAAUCACUAAAGCAUUAACUUGUGAUUUAUAACUUAAUUGAUUUCUUUCUCACCCUAUAACUAUAAGAGAGUUUAGCCGAUAAGAGAACGCAGACGUAGCUAUUUAUUGGAUAAGGAGAGUGGUAAACAUUUUUGCAUUGUCUCAAAAAACAUUCGAAUUAAACUUGUUGCUGAAGAUGCUAAUCUCACUU